AUGAUAUUAAACAUUGAUGUUAUUAAAAUUCUUAUUUGGUAUAUUGUUGUGUUACAACUAACACAAGUUUCGAGUCAAAUUUGUGUAGAAACUAAACUGAGUUACCGUGAUGUUCCUGAAACUUACACAUAUACCUACAUGGAGGCUUACGAGAAGUCAAACUGCCUGUUCUGGUGUACCGACACUAGAGUGGCUACUGCAGUCGGUACGAGAAUUGUCCGGAAACCAGUGCCCGAACAAGUACACGUAUGCUGCGAAGGAUACACACAACAUGACAACAAUAACGGGACCAGUAUUAACUGCGAGCCGUAUUGUUCACCUCCUUGUGUUAAUGGCUACUGCAAAUCUCCAGGAGUGUGUGCCUGUAACGCUGGCUACUUGCCCGACAUGUUCGCCAGUCAGAACUGUUCUCCUUUGUGCAUCAAACCGUGUAACCAUGGAACGUGUGUCGCACCCAACACGUGCAAAUGCGACGAAGGCUACAACCUGGUCGAUGAAGCAUGUGAACCAAUUUGCUCUAAACCUUGCUAUAACGGCACCUGUGUUACUCCAGAAACCUGUCAGUGCCUACCAGGGUACAAAAAAACAGAAAAUGAUACAUGCGAACCUUUUUGCUCCAACUACACUGAAACUAGCGACUGUAUCUAUUCAGUUAUUUGUGAACCUGGAUGGAAUAAAGUAAUUAGGGAUUCAAUUGAAAUAUGUGAACCAAUAUGCACAAACCCGUGUAACAAUGGGACUUGCGUAGCAUCCGAAACAUGUGAAUGUCUCGAAGGGUACGAGAAAACAGGUGAUAAUAACUGUCAGCCGCAUUGUUCUUGGUGUGAACAUGGCACCUGCAUUGGUCCUCAAAUUUGCCUUUGUGAUCCUGGAUGGUAUAAAAAGGAGUCGAAUGGCAAUUGCCUUCCGCAUUGCGACAAUAAAUGCGGUAACGGCACAUGUAUAGCUCCAAAUACUUGCAAAUGUUUACCAGGUUAUAAUAUUACUCAAAGAGACAUUAAACUUGGUGAAGAUAGUGUGUUGUGUACUCCCGUAUGUAAUCAUUGUGAUGGUACGUGUGUUGCUCCUGGAACAUGUUUUUGUGAACCGCCUGAACAUAUGUUACUUGUUACCAUUGAUGGAGAGCCAUGUGACUGUGUACACAAUUGUUCUGAUUCAGCACAUAGAUGUGAGAGAACAGUUUGUCUGCUAACUACUACAGUGUCAAGUGUAACUAAAAUGAAUGUAGUCAAAACUUCUGCACGUGAAAAUACGGAUAUUUAUACAUUAAUGCCAACUGAUAAUGAAAUAGUUGAGGGAACUACAUAUAAGACUAUGGAUUGGGAACAAAAUCAAUUAAUGAUUAGUGAGGCACCGUGGUACAAAUCAAAUUGGUUCUACGUGGCUGGAUCUCUUACUAUAAUGGCGUCGAUUGUGACGAUAGCCGCCAUUUUGAAAAGGAGAUAUUUAAACAAUAAUAAUUAUGUUUUUUUUUAUUUCAGAUUUAGACACGACUACAGCGGUACAUUAUAAACAAAAUAUUGGUUGA